AUGCGCGUUGAUGAUGUCCUUGUGAAGGUACUUCAGAAGGAGGGCUUCAGACCAUUUCUGAACUUCACCAGGGUCCUUUUUAGGAACCUGGAGAAGGGCAGGGUAGAUUUGGGACCUUCUGAUGAAGAUCAGGAGGGACCAAAAUCUGUAUUAUCUGGUCAAAUUCCAGGGUUCUGCACGGAUGACCUGGUGGCGGCCGAAGUGACUUAUGUAUCGGAGGGAACGCAGAGACAACUGGUAGUUUGCUCAGCGUACCUCCCUUACGAUAAGAAAGAAUCUCCUCCAACCAGGGAACUGAGGGACCUGGUGGCCUGGUGCGAGAAGGAGAAGAAACAACUCAUCGUGGGAUGUGAUGCUAACUCACACCAUACGGUGUGGGGAAGCAGCGAUGUCAACGAUCGAGGUGAGUCUUUACUAGAUUUUCUUUUUAGUUAUAAUCUAGAGAUUUUGAAUGUCGGGAACGAGCCCACCUUUGUUAUAAAAAAUAGAAGUGAAGUCAUCGAUAUAACAGUGGGAUCGGGACCGAUAUGUAAUAAUAUUGCGAGGUGGCAUGUGUCGAAUGAGCCGUCAAUGUCGGAUCAUAGACAUAUCCACUUUGAAAUUAUAACGGAUUAUAAUCCGCAAGUAAGAACCUACAGAGACCCAAAAAGAACUGACUGGGACUCCUAUAGAACGGAGUUACAGGCCAGGACUAGGGAAAUCUGUACAAAACUAAGGAACACAUAUGAUCUUGAGAGGGCCGUGGAGGAACUCCAAAACGCCGUCACAAGAUCAUAUGAAUACAGCUGUCCUAUCAAAGUGAGGUCCGAUAAGCACACCGUACCCUGGUGGAGCAAGGAACUCACGCAGUUGAGGGGACAGACAAGAAAACUAUUUAAUAGAGCAAAGCGGACAGGAGAGUGGGAGACUUAUAGAGCAACCCUCACUGAGUAUAAUAAAGAAAUUAGAAAAGCGAAGAGAGACUCAUGGAGGAAGUUCUGUGAGGAUAUUGAUAGUGUCCCACAGUGUGCUAAACUCCAGAGACUUCUCUCUAAGAACGGACAUACGAAACUCGGGUCUCUCAAAGCACCGAGUGGGGAAUAUACCAAAACUGGAAGGGAGACAUUGGAAUUACUUCUAAAUACUCACUUUCCAGGCUCCAGGUUAUUAAAUCAUGGAGAUGAAUAUGACUGGAAUCACCAGCAGAGGGUAACGACCGGGUCUCGACAGAACUGGGAGGUUGCCAAGACGGUGUUUUCACGUGACGGUUAUCCAUGGAUACCCGUCACGGUUAUCCACGGUUAUCCGCUGUUAUCCAUGGAUACCGUUUAG